AUGCUCGUUUUCUACUAUCAUGAUUUUAACUUUGCUUAUAAUGAUAUUCGUGUUCUUGGUAAUGACAAUUUCAUACUUACAACGGACUCGAAUCUGAUUAUUGCAAAGAAUGGUGCUGUCGCAUCUGAAGUUGUAAAUUGCUCGCAAUAUGGCGUUGAAGUCUUGAAAGAAGGUGGAAAUGCCAUUGAUGCUGCGAUAACUAGCAUGAUAUGUGUUGGCACUAUUAAUUCAUUUGCUUCCGGAAUUGGAGGUGGUGGAUUCAUGGUAAUUAGGUUGCCAAAUGGUCAUUCUGAAGUAAUUGACUUCCGGGAAACUGCUCCACUUGCUGCUAAAAAAGAUAUGUUUGUUGACAAACAAAUCUUUGCUUCUGUUGGUGGUUUGAGUAUCGGUGUACCUGGUGAAGUUGCAGGAAUGAAACUUGCACACAAAAAGCUACCAUGGAAACGCCUUUUUGAGCCUUCAAUUAAUAUGUGCCGCAAAGGGUUUCCAGUACCACCAGAACUAGGACUUCGAUUACAGCGUCAUCGUGAAAUAGUCGUAAAUAAUCCACAAUUAUCCGAAAUAUAUGCCCCAAAUGGCAAUGUAUUAAAAGAAGGUCAAAUUCUUUAUCGAACUAAAUUCGCAGAUACUUUGGAAACCAUCGCUAAUAAUCACACUGAAUUCUAUAGAGGUUCAAUUGCAAAAUCAAUAAUAAAAAGAGUAAAGGCUACUGGAGGCAUAAUGACUCUAGAGGAUUUAGAAAAUUAUCGCCCUAUUGUUCGUAAACCUCUUGUUGGAUUUUAUCAUGGUCGAAAGAUCUUGACAACGCCAGAACCGUCAAGUGGUUCCGUAUUAAUAUUCUUAUUGAACCUUUUGGAAAAAUAUGAUUUAAAAAAUAAUAAAAUUAGCGGUCUUAAUUUACAUAGAAUUGUUGAAUCAUUAAAAUUCGGCUUUGCAAGACAAACAGAAUUGGGCGAUGCGGCAUUUUUCGAGAAUAAAACAGAACAUGAAUUAAGACUAGCGGAAAUUAUUUCUAAGGAAUACGCAGAUUUAGUGCGACGCAAUAUUUCUGAUUCUGGAUUUGGAUUUGUUGUUCAUGGUGGAUCAUUUGCCUUGACAUUGUUGACCACCAAAAAUGAAACAUUCGAACCCGAAUAUUAUGAUCCAGUAUUUGAACCUGUAAAUGAUUAUGGUACAUCACAUUUGUCUGUCAUUGAUGCGGAUGAUAUGGCAGUCUCCAUUACCUCUUCGAUUAAUCAAUUCUGGGGUUCACAAGUGGUAGAUCCUGAUACAGAAAUACUGCUUAAUGACCAAAUGGAUGAUUUUUCAGUACCUGGUACACCGGAUAAAUAUGGAUUAUUACCAUCCCCUUACAAUUUUAUUGCACCUGGAAAAAGACCACUUUCAUCAAUGAUUCCAACAAUAAUUGAAAAAGACGAACGAUUAGAGUUUGUUGUUGGUGGAAGUGGAUCGAAGAAGAUUAUUUCAUCUGUAUUAGAGGUUCUUCUAGAAUCCGGGUUUCCUUUUGACCUUAUGGAGCAUUUGUUAGAUAUCGGACAUGUUCGUAGCGAGGACUCAUUUGUUCAAGCAGAUGAAACUGCCAAUGAAAAUCGAAGAUUUUUGGUACAAAUAAAUCAUAUCAAUGAGAGAGGGCUUUCAUCUCAAGUUCAAGCAGUUCGAAGAUUUGGAAAUGGAACCAUUCAUG